GUUUCGGGCGCCCUGCACCGUAACAAUGGUCCGGGGAAGAAAAGCUCUUUGUUCAGCGGCUCCAAGCUGAACAACUGCUCCGCUCCCGCCGCUGGGAGGAACACCAGAACACCGGCCAGCCAGCUGGAACCCUCGCCGUGACCAGAUCGCGGUGGGCUGCGUGUUCCUGCCGCAUGUUGGACCUGAGCCGCAGGCUGACAGCGAGACGCUCUCCGGUCGUAAACUCGCCGGAGGAAGCGGAUCUGCCUGGAGGAUCAGCUGGAGGGAACCGCCUCAUGUCGUCAACGCUGGGCCUGAUGAAAAAGCAGCGUUUGGCCCCCGGGACUCUGUCCUCCGCGUCUCUGAAGAGAAGGCUGCUGAGGAAAAGGAGGAGAGUGGCCCCGGAGGCGCAGGGCUCCGCGGACAGCGAUUGCGAGCCGUGCAGAUGUUCUGACUCUGGCAGCAGUCGCUCUGUUCGGCGGAUUCUGACGGCCUGUGUCUUCUCCUUCCUGGCUCUACUUGGCUCUGUAUCUCCAGACCUCAGCUCCAACUUCGACCUGCUCGAUGCAACGGAGGCCGCGUAUAGCGAACUGACUUCAUGCAGGACCACAGCUCUGAUGCAGCUCGUCAGUGAGCUUCAGAAGAUGAGGCUUUUAUUAGCCAAAGACAUAAGCAAUGAGACACUGGGGUCCGGUUCCCCAGCACUGGAUCACCUCUGUGGUAAAAUGGUGAACUACAGUAAUAAUCAUAGACUUCACUGCAGUGCGGAGAUGUCUGGAUUUUGCCUUCAGAUGAGGAGAAACAUGCAGGCAUUUCUACGUCCAUCCUUGGAUCCCAGGGAUGGAUCAGUUUUCACUCAACUCAUAGAGAGACUGUUGACCAUCUGGGGCUCAGUUGAAGUUGCUUAUGCUAAAGCUAAACAAAACCCUAACUGGGCAGAUGUUCUUUCUGCCAGACUAUUGGUGAUCUUCACAGAACUAAACUACCAACUGAUGCUCCACCACAACACCUUGACUCCUGCUGACUUCCAGCGCAGGUGGACCAACACUCUGUAUCACCUGAGCUUAUGCAGACUGAUGACGGAGCGGCUGAAUGACUGCUGGUCAGAGAACGUAGACCUCAAAGUAAACCUGAGUCUGGAAGCACAGCCGGUGCAUAUUCUGGACCCAAGUCCGUGGCAGAUCUCUGGAGCAGGAAACAAGCUUCUUUCGGGGUCACACACUGGAAUCCAGGCUCUCAUAAAAACCCAGCAGUGCUUCUUUGAUCGCUCGUCGCUGGCUCUCCGGCUGGCAUCUCGAGCUGUGUCUUCCAGCCUCAGCAUAAGGAUCUGCCUGCUGGCUGUGGCGUGCCUCAUUUAUCCUCUGGUGAUGUUUUCUUUCAAGGAGAUGACAGAGUGGAUCCAGGACUAUGCUCACAGCUUAAGGGAGAAAACCGAGGACCUGAAACGCCAGAGGAAGCUGGCUGAAGAUCUGCUGCACCAAAUGCUGCCAAAGUCAGUCGCCAAGCAGCUCAGGAAGCGCAAGCAGGUUGAAGCCGAGAGCUAUGAAAGGGUCACCAUAUUUUUCUCAGAUAUUGUGGGCUUCACAUCUAUCUCAGCAUCUUGCACCCCUCUGCAGGUGGUGGAGAUGCUCAACAACCUGUACAUGUGCUUUGACACUCGCAUUGAUUCCUAUGAUGUCUACAAGGUGGAGACAAUCGGAGAUGCCUACAUGGUGGUGAGCGGUCUACCUGAGAGAAACGGUGACAAACACGCAGAUGAGAUUGCCAAGAUGGCGCUGGACCUGUUGGCGGCGGUCAGGCAGGUGUCCAUCCCUCACAUGCCCAACGAGAGGCUGCAGCUCCGAGCUGGCAUUCACACAGGUCCAUGUGUGGCAGGAAUUGUGGGCUACAAGAUGCCGAGAUACUGUUUGUUUGGAGAUACGGUCAACACUGCCUCAAGGAUGGAGUCCACCAGCCUGCCUCAGAAAAUCCACACCACUUCAGAAACCUAUUUGGCUUUGAUGAAGGACAACGCCUAUGAGCUGCAGCUACGUGGAGAGAUCGAGGUUAAGGGUAAAGGCAAAAUGAAUACAUAUUGGCUUGUUGGCCAUAAGAGCUACAGCGUGCAGAAUGACAGUCUGGUUUGCAACUGGAAUCCCAACAUGGCCAGAAAGAAGAAGACGGUGGCUGGCAGUCAGGCCUCUGUAGGGAACUCGUCUGUCACGGUGCAGAGCCUCAGCGACAAUGCGGCCACGCCCGUUUCCCUUCGCUCUUCAGCGCUGAACCAAACGCCCAAGAUGCCUCGGACAGAGAGGCUCAGUCUGAGCGUGGCCGCUCAGAUGGAGCCGUACGGGGGAAGCUACGGGACCCUGGGCUCCAUGAUUGGGGGCCUCCAGGGUGGAGACGAAAGUCCAGUGACCAGCCAGCGGAGUGGGCUCAAACCAGACCUGUUGCCUGGUUCUCACCAGCAAAUGUGACUUUAUCACUGUUGUGUCCAUUGAAAUGUAAUUCCAAGAAAAAUUAGUU